AUGGCUGACCCCUCCGACAUGUCCAAACCCACAACCUCGGGCCCCUCCGCGGCCACCAUCGAGGCACCUUCUACCGUUGGGGGCGCCGACUUCCUCCCCUCAGAUACACUACUCAACCGCUUCAAAAACUUCUACCGCAUGGCCACAGGCAGCAUGUCUCCCGAGGGCCAGCGCACCUACUGGGCCGACGCCGAUGAGCGCUACUCAGCGCUAGACUGCAAGCGCUGCGAAGACAAUCGCGACUACCUGCUCAAAUACUCUCCGAUCAUCCGAUACAUGAGCGAGAACAUCCGGCGGCUCGGCGGUGAUAUCAACAGCAGCAACAUUCGCUGCCGGACAUGCACAACGGGCAUGCUCGGUGGCUUCGACCACCGCUACGGCAUCAUGUUGUGCGCCAAUUGGGUGGAGAAGCGCAAUAUGUUGGAAGACGUGCUGGCGCACGAGAUGGUGCACGCCUAUGAUCACCUACGCUUCAAGACGAAGCUGGAUCAUGAAACAGACUUGAAGCACGUGGCCUGCAGUGAGAUUCGCGCGAGCAAUUUGAGUGGGGAGUGCAGAUGGUCGAAUGAGUUCUUCCGGAAUAAGAUCAUGGCUUUCACGACGCAUCACCAAGACUGUGUGCGGAGGAGAGCGAUACACAGUGUGAAGAAUCGGCCGAAUUGUGCGGACGAGAAACAGGCGGAGAAAGUGGUCGACGAAGUGUGGCAGAGUUGCUUCAGGGAUACGAGGCCUUUUGACGAAAUAUACAGGUGA